AUGAAGUCCUCCAGCAUCAAGAUGCUCCUCGCCGGAGGUGCCAUCUCCUCCAUGUCAGGCGUCGCCUCCGCUCAGGCGACAUCCGGCGACUUCACCGUCCUCGCGAUGAACGUCGCUGGUCUCCCAGAGAUCCUCCAGAACAACGAGGUCCCCGGCGACAAGACGACAAACUCCAGGACCAUCGGAUCCUACUUUGCAAAGUACGGCUAUGACUUCAUCAACGUCCAAGAGGACUUCAACUACCACGCCUACAUCUACGAGACGGACAACCAUGCCUACCGCACCGCGACCUCGGGCGGCGUCCCCUUCGGCUCCGGCCUCAACACCCUCGCCAACUUUGACUGGAUCGACUUCGAGCGCAUCAAGUGGAACACGUGCUCCAACGCCUCCGGCUCCGACUGCCUGACCCCCAAGGGCUUCACCUUCAUCCGCGCCCGCAUCGCCGAGGGCGUCUACGUCGACAUCUACAACCUGCACACCGACGCCGGCACCGAGGCCGACGACCUCACGGCCCGCAACAGCAACCUGCACCAGGUCGCCGACUACAUCGACGCAAACUCCUCCGGCAACGCCGUCCUCAUCUUCGGCGACACCAACUCGCGCUACACCCGCACCUCGGACAACAUCGGCGUCUUCGCCUCGCAGAACGGCAUGACGGACGUCUGGCUGCAGCUCGAGCGCAACGGCGUCGUCCCUACCGAGGAGACCCUCUGCGCCAACCCCAGCACCACAAACUACUGCGAGACCGUCGACAAGAUCUUCUACCGCGGCAACCCCAUCCUCGACGUCAAGGCCACCCACUUCGCCUACGAGAGCUCAAAGUUCCUGCAGUCCAACGGCAGCAUCCUGACCGACCACAACCCGGUCACCGGCAACUUCACCUGGUCCCUGUCCUCCACCCUCCGCCAGUCCGACUUCUCCGGCGGGCCCCACGGCAACUGGUUCUCCGACCUGACCGCCCUCGCCGGCAAGACCAAGCCCAAGGCCUCCGUGCUCACCUUCCACGGCGCCAACCGCCUCGACUCCGUCGGCCUCACCCUCGCCGACGGCACCGUCUUCACGCACGGCGGCACCGGCGGCACCGCCGCCACGCUGACCCUGGGCGACUCCGAGUUCUGGACCGCCGCGAAGCUGUGCUGGGGCCAGAAGGACGGCCAGACGCGCAACUUCUACAUCCAGGCCACCACCAGCGCCGGCAAGACGCUCGAGGCCGGCGCGUCCACGUCAGACUGCGCGACGCACACGGCCCCCUCAGGAUGGCAGAUUGUCGGCUUCCUGGGACGGGACGGUGACAAUAUUGACAGACUGGCGUUCGUCUAUGCGCCGCAGUAG